AUCCAGCUCCGCUCGGGCGUCUGGUGUCCUGCAAUCAGCCUGCUGUGCCCGCGCUGCUACCGCAGCUGCUUGACGCGGGAGACACCGCGAGGUGGUGAUCGGAGCUCUGCCUAGAGCUCUCAAGAGCCCAGCUCUGCCCAGGAACCCCAGGCUGCCCUGUCACCCCAGUUCCUGCUGUCAGCAAGGAGCCAUGAGUGGUGUCCUGAAUGGUAUCAUCCCCUUCGGGCUGGUGUUGCUGCUGUGUGGAGCCCAAGGCUUCUUUCUGCCCAAUGCCACACACCUGGAGAGGCUGCUCAGCAAAUACCAGCAGGACGAGCCUCACUCCCGGGCCCGGAGGGCCAUCCCAAGGGCGGACAAGGAGGAGAUCCUUAGGCUGCACAACAAACUGCGGGGCCAGGUGUACCCUGCGGCCUCCAACAUGGAGUACAUGACCUGGGAUGAGGAGCUGGAGAAGUCAGCGGCUGCCUGGGCCCAGGGUUGCAUCUGGGAGCACGGGCCCACCAGUCUGCUGGUGUCCAUCGGUCAGAACCUGGCUGUCCACUGGGGCAGGUACCGCUCUCCAGGGUUCCACGUGCAGUCCUGGUAUGACGAGGUGAAGGACUACACUUACCCCUACCCCCACGAGUGCAAUCCCUGGUGUCCUGAGAGGUGUUCUGGGACCAUGUGCACCCACUACACACAGAUAGUCUGGGCCACUACCAACAAGGUUGGCUGUGCCGUGCACACCUGCCGGAGAAUGAAUGUCUGGGGAGACAUGUGGGAGAACGCAGUCUACCUCGUCUGCAACUACUCUCCAAAGGGCAACUGGAUUGGAGAAGCCCCCUACAAAAACGGCCGGCCCUGCUCAGAGUGCCCCCCCAGCUACGGAGGAGGCUGCAAGGACAACCUGUGCUACAGAGAAGAGACCUACGACCAAAAACCUGAAACGGACGAGAUGAACGAGGUGGAGGUGGUUCCGGUUCUUGAAGAAAAACCCAUGUGGGUCCCACCGAGGGUGGUGAGGCCCAAGAAGCCCAGUAAAGCCCCCGUGGUCAGCUACAUGGCCCAGGUCGUCAGGUGUGACACCAAGAUGAAGGACAAGUGCAAAGGUUCUACGUGCAACAGGUACGAGUGCCCAGCGGGCUGUUCGAACAACAAGGCAAAGAUUUUUGGAACUCUCUUUUAUGAAAGUUCGUCCAGCAUAUGCCGAGCUGCAAUUCACUUCGGAAUCAUAGACGACAAAGGAGGCCUGGUGGACGUCACCAGGAACGGGAAGGUCCCUUUUUUCGUGAAGUCAGAGAGGCACGGCGUGGCGUCUUUGAGCAAAUACAAAGCUUCCAGUUCGUUCACGGUGUCAGAAGUAAAAGUGCAGGACCUGGAUUGCUACACCACCGUUGCUCAGCUCUGUCCAUUUGAGAAGCCGACCACUCACUGCCCAAGAGUCCGCUGUCCUGCGCACUGCAAAGACGAGCCGUCCUACUGGGUUCCUGUGUAUGGAACCAACAUCUAUGCAGAUACUUCCAGCAUCUGCAUGACAGCGGUGCACGCAGGCGUCAUCAGGGACGAGAGCGGGGGCUACGUGGACGUGAUGCCCGUCGACAAGAAGAAGAACUACGUGGGCUCACUCAGGAACGGUGUUCAGUCAGAAAGCUUGCGGACCCCUCGAGAUGGAAAGGCCUUCCGGAUCUUUGCAGUCAGGCAGUAAACCUCCAGCGCCGGGGGGGCAGGGGGUAUCUUCAGGAGAGCUUUGGGGUUUUGCUUUUUCUGUUGUCAUUUGGGGGGUGGGGGUGGGGUGUGGAGAGUUGGGAAACUUUCUUAGCGUGGGGCUCAGUGCCACAUGGGGGCUCCUCUCUGUGGCCUUUGGUGAGGCUGACAUCUCAUCUCAUCCCCGUGGAGAGACAGCAUCCUUGGUGUGUUGGCUGGACAACUGGCGACAAGUCCUGCUGAGGUCUGGGGCGCCCAUCUCUUAAAGGAACAGUUGCCCGAGAUGCUCCUUCCCAUGUGUUGUUCUUUUGUGGGUGGGGAGAGAUUUCAAACCUGCCGAGACAGCCAAGGGUUUGGAGCUCAAAAAUUUGAGGCCUUCAUGGGUGUGGAAUGGGGCACACUGAGGAAGAGGAGAGAGAGUUUCAGGAAUGGAGUCGAAGGUGGUUAUUUAAAAAUAAAAAUUCCAGUCCGUCCCUAUCAAUGGAGAAAAAUGGGCUUCAUGUUUGCUGGUCAGACAAACAGCAGGAACGAGAGGGCUCGGGGAGCAAGACUUCAGCUCCUGCCCUGGCACGUGUCCUUGCUGGUGCCCUGCCGAGUCCACGGCAGGUUAGUUAUAUAUACAGCAGUGCUGGUUUAUUUAGAGUUCAGCAGUAACUCCAGAGAUUUAUCUUGUCUGUGUCGUCUCCUUCGUUCACGUGGCCCGUCUGUUUGCUGCCGUGACCUUUGGUCCCGUGGAGGACUGAGAAACCAGGAUCCUUUCUUUGCCCUCUCCCCGUUGUGGCUCAUGCCCCACCCCACCAGAUUUGUGUGUACGGCGUAUUUCCCACCCAGGGCUUUGCUUUGCAAUCGACUCCUUUUAAAGCCUGCGUUUUCUCAACUGGUGACUCCGCAGAGGACAGCCAAAGAAGGGCUGCUCUGUGGCUGCUUUUUCACAGAUGACAACCGUGCAGACUCUCCCUCUGGCGGGUGAUCUGUUUUUUAGUCGUGGAGAAAAUAGAUUCCUUGGAACGUUCCUCCCCGAGGUUAGUGGCCUGGGAGGAGCGGCAGCCUGUGGCUAUGAAACUGUUCACGGUGUAAUAACGAUAGAGUCUAACACACCAGGAGGGUUUCUCUUCCUGUUUUUGUGGGACAGCUUUUGCCAACCAUUCCCGGGCUCCAAGGACUGUGGUGCUAGCUGGCUUCUGUCACUUUAUAAGAGUUCUUCACCAGCCCAGACUUAAAGCCCACAGCGAAAUGAAAUACUCUUUUGUAAAUAGCAUUUCUUUGCAGAAGGUAAAAUUCCAUUCUUCCACCACCAGGUUGGCCAAUAUGUCACUUUUGUGAAAGCCAGUUUCAAACUGGAUUUCACUUCCCGUCAAAAUAUUUCUAAGGCAAAGGAACUAGCAGAAAGCAAAAAUCUGAGAUCACGUGGACAAGGAACCUUACCUGGGGAAUGAAGGUGUGGGUCAGUUCACUGUGUUCUUAAUUCAUACAGAAUCUGAAGGUAAAUAGUUUUUUGUUUUGUUUUUUUAAAAAGCAAUUAAACUCUUCAUAGAAGGUAAAAUUAGCAGGACCAUAUUUUGCUUAGUUCAUAGUAGGUGAGUAUGCAACCUCAGAGGUCAAGGAGAAAGAAUUCGGUCAGCCUGACAGGUACUAGUCUAGUGAGCACUGUAUGGAAACUUGUAGAUGCGAGGUGUGCUGCUGGACACAUGGCUUCGUCACUGGUUGAUCGUGGCGGUGGCUGGGUUGAGACAACAAAGUAGAUCGGAUUCCCUAGUUGGGUUUUUAGAAUUAGUGAUCAGAUGCAGGGAAUUUCUGUGGGUUUGUUUCUGAGGCAUCCCAUCAGAGGAAGAACCAGAAACUUCCAUUGUGAGUUGACUCCCAUUAUUUGAAAACAAAGUUCCUGGUUCCUUAAAGCACCCGUUGCUGUCACCUGGCCUCCUGCUCAUGGAGCCCGUAGGAGUGGCAGAGUGGGGCUGUGCCCCACAAGGUUUUCAGUGGCUGGUUUUUCAGAAGUAAAUCACCAGGCCUUUCUCCCAAGGCACCUCUGGGUGGACUCGAGCUUCCAACCUUUUGGUUAGGAGCCCGGUGUGUUUACUGUUUGGACCAUGCAGGAACUCCCCAGGCUCCUUAAUGCAUCGUGAACCUGGCCCGUCUAACAGAACCGGAUCUUGAGGCUUUUUUAAAUCAUUUUGAAACUGGAACCAUUUUUCUUCUUGAUUGCUGGUCCUCAAAAUGGAAAAAAGACUACAAAUUAUAAAGCCCUUCUACACAGGGACCACCUCUAUUUUGUGUCUGACAAGCCCAUUGCAUGAUGUUUACUAACACAAUGCGUCAACCAGCAGGGGGUCAUUUAGGUCUCCUGCCCCCAAAAUGAAGAGUUUGGGUUUCUUUUUGCUCUUUGCCCUGUCGUGUUCUCAAAUGUGUGCUGAGUUUUCACAUUGUCUGUAGGCUCAUUCAGCCCGCAGCUUACGUGUGUGCUUUUUUCUAUGAAAAAUGGUGUGUUUUUAUUACUUCCUAUGUACAAAAUUUAUUGUAAAUGUUUUUGUGCUUGGCGUGAACAGGGGUCAUGUUGUUGCUGUUGUUUCAAUAAAAAUGGUUUGAUUUCUAAAAA